GCGCCAGCGGGGACGGGAGCGGGGAGCAGCCGAGGCAGGGGGGGCUCCUCCUGCCUCCCCCGAAGAACGCUGCCACCGCGACGGCUGCCUCUACCCUCGACCUGCCCCCUCCUGUCUCGGCCUCUGCUGCUCUCCCCGGGGCUGGGGUGGAUCUGAGCCUCCCCAAGCCAAAGAAGAGGACGGAGCCGGUGCGGAUCACGGCGCCUGAGUUGCACAAGGGAGAUUCAGAUUCAGAGGAAGAUGAACCAGCAAAGAAGAAAAAUACUCUUCAGGGACGCGGCGAGGGCUCUGGCUUGUCCGCUUUGCUUCCUCAACCCAAAAAUUUGACAGUGAAAGAGACCAAUCGGUUACUUUUGCCCUACGCUUUCUCGAGGAAAGCGGGAGAAAACGCCUCCGACUCAAAGCCCGCUAAGGCCCCGACCUCUUCCUCCAAAACAAAACCUCUGUCCAAGCCGGCGGUGCCCACAACUCCUUCUCCGUCUGCUAUCAAAGCUGCUGCGAAGAGCGCUGCCCUGCAGGUAACCAAGCAGAUCACGCAGGAAGAGGACGACAGCGACGAAGAGGUCAAGCCAGAGAACUACUUCUCCUUGUCUGACAGGAACGAGCCCAGCGUCGUGGGUGCCGAGACGUACAUGUACUCUGGCACGGUGGUGUCGGAGGACCCACCGCCCGGGACAGAGACAGAGCCCCAAUUCCAGGACGCUGCUGCUAACGCCCCUCUGGAGUUCAAGACGGCCGCGGGCUCCAGCGGUGCUCAGCACAGCUGGGCGCCCAAACCCGGAGAAGACUACGGCAGCCCGCCGUACAGCCAGUUCCCUGCCUACAGCGAAGCCGGCGUGGCUGGUGCAUAUUACCAGGAUUACUACAGCAGCGGUUACUACCAGGAGAUGGAACCAGCCCAGGCACCGCCGCAGGAGAUGAGCACCGACUCCUCCUUCAUAGACGACGAAGCGUUCAAACGUCUGCAAGGCAAGCGGAAUCGGGGGAGGGAAGAGAUCAACUUUGUGGAUAUCAAAGGUGACGAUCAGCUGAGUGGAGCCCAGCAGUGGCUGACAAAAUCCUUAACAGAGGAGAAGACCAUGAAAUCCUUCAGCAAGAAAAAAGGAGAUCAACCCACGGGACAGCAAAGGAGAAAACACCAGAUCACAUACCUGAUCCAUCAGGCGAAGGAAAGAGAACUGGAACUGAAAAACACGUGGUCUGAAAACAAGCUCAGCCGACGUCAGACUCAAGCCAAAUACGGAUUCUAACACCUCUGUCCCACUUUUUGGCUCUUGUCCCAGGUGACCUCCCGUGUCCGACUUCUCCUGGCCUGGAGAUCAGCCAGGCCCCGUGUAGAACGGGGCCAGCUCGGCGGGUGGGAGGAUACUGCGCUCCCCUGCCUGUCAGGAGAAAGGUUUAAUGCAAACCGGUCCUGAAACUCCACCUGUAAUCUUUCCCCUCCCUCCUUAUAAACGAUAAUGUGGAAGGUUCAAAUCAAGCCUGUUUUCGUACGACUGAUGCCGGUCCCAGGGCAGCCGCAGGAAACGUGCCUGGUGCAAGGCUCGGAGCUUUUGUCCUGUAGGUACGGGGGCUACUCCUCCUUCGACGUGGCCUCGCCGCUGGAACCUUAGGCAGAGUCUCAAUAAACUUCCAAUUCCCACUUUGCUCCUUUCUUGGACUCGCUGUGCGUUGAGAGUGUAAUUUUUCUUUCUAAAAGGCAGUGAGUUUCAAGCGCGAGCUUGGCUUUUUACUUUUAUUUUUUUUUUUUUUGUCCUUUGAUUUGAGACGUCCUCGUGGCCGCUUACUCGCGUCCGAGUAAAUCCAGUGCUCUCCUGC